GUUGACGAGUGCAAAGUCACUCCGGAUGUCUGCAAAGCGGGCUACGAAUGUCGAAACGUGAUUGGGUCCUUUCAGUGCAUUCGUCAAGUGCCCUGUGGGUUCGGCUACGUGCUAAAUGCCGAGACUCAGGAAUGUGAAGACAUCGACGAGUGCAAGGCACAGCCGGAUAUCUGCGGUCCCAACAUGAUCUGUGUAAACGUACGGGGUGGAAUGAAAUGCCUACCGAAGAAGUGCCCUGGGAAAUUGAGCAUAGACAUCAACGAGUGCGAGUUGAAUGCGACUCUUUGCAGAGCCUUUGAGCAAUGCACCAACCGCCCUGGCGACUACAUAUGUGAGCCGAAGUUGCGAUGUGAAAUGGGCUUUCAACUGAACGGAAAUGGAACCGUUUGUGAGGGUGAGGUUCAUGUAAUGAAACUUGUCAAGACGUCCAUCCUCUAG